GCUCCGCCGCGAGAACCCGCCAGUCACCCACCGGCGGCGCUCGCAUGCGUACACGAUCUGACAGUGAACUGUGCUAAAUGGAACUGCUCAUCAUUCAAUGUUAAAGAAACCAAGAUACGAGGACACAGAAGUGAACAUGGCGAUACAGAGUGUUUCCAGAUACCCUAGCAGCCCUGCGGAGGCCACGGAGCCACCGAAAGCUUCCAGAAUCAGCUUCAGCGUGGCCUCCAUCCUGGCGGACACCAAGGCGAACCAGGCGGACGAGACAGCUGAAAUGAUCAGGCAUCACAGAACGAUUCCCGAAUCUCCACUGAGACAAUCUCCUUCAGCGCAACCGGAGUUGCCCGGCGGAAAAUCAGUCUCGCCUAGGCCUUCGUCUCAAACUCCGCCGUUGAAUUUAAACGCAUCAGCGACUGUGACAUCAUCAGACGAUGAAUACGAAGAUUCGGUUAAUCAAGAAGAUUCUAUAGUUGACGUAGAAGACCUGCAGAAUGGAGCUCACAGUGAAGAUGAAGAGAGAUCAGAUAAGGGGAGACUGGUUAGACCUACACCGUUCAGUGCGCUGGCGGCGGCGGCGGCGGCUUACCACGGCUUGGGCUGGCCGGGACCUCCUUCAGUCGUGCCUUCAUUUGGACCUCUUUUCCAGUCACACUUUCCUGUAGGACACAUAACAGACGCAAACGGCGAACCUCCAAAACUGAAGUGCAACCUGCGCAAGCACAAGCCGAACAGAAAACCCCGCACCCCCUUCACCGCGCAGCAGCUCCGCGCGCUCGAGAGCAAGUUCGUCGACAAGCAGUACCUGAGCAUUGCCGAGCGAGCCGAAUUCUCUUCCUCGCUCGGCCUAUCUGAAACUCAGGUGAAAAUUUGGUUCCAAAACCGUCGAGCGAAAGCGAAACGCGUGCAAGAGGCGGAGAUCGAGAAACUCAAAAUGGCGCAGUUUUCCCGACACCCCCACCACCUGUACCCGCACCACGCGCUGCAGCAGUACUUCCACCCUCACCCCCUGAUGGGGGCCGCGCGACCCUUGCCGCCUAUGGGUUUACCCCCACCGCAUCUAGCCAUGGUCCAACCACCUGUGUCCGGCUCCCCCUCGCCUAGCACACAAACGAACCCACAAUGAAAACUUUAAAAUUCGAUCGGAAAAUAAAUAAUAAAUUUAAAAUUCCGCUUUCUAAUUAAAAAAUAAAAUAUUUCCGGAGAUUUUUCUGUUGUCAGUACUAAUUUUUGGCAAAAUAAAAAUGAAAUUGUAAAUUUAUUUGUAAAUAUAGAAUAAGUUAAUUUCUAAUGAAAUGCACUGUAUUAAUUUAAUUUUUAUUAAGUCUUUUUUCACUUAAAUAGGUAAUAUUUACCUUUUACCAAAUUAACACUUUUUUAUCAAUUCUGUUUUUUCAUGGGAUUUUGAAAUUGUAAAAUAAUUUUGUAUAUAGCGAGUCUUAUUUGUACAUUGUUAUAUCUAC